AUGAGACUAAUAGGAAAGAGGUCCAAAGAUGCAAGGACAUAUAAUCUACCUACAGUCUCCGAGGUUGCUGCAUUGAUAGUUGGCGACUUAGAGGCGGACAUGGUUGAUGGGUACACAAUAGUGGAAGCAGGUCGUCUACUAUUCAUUCGUAACAUUCAAAAGGCAUUGCGUUGUGAAGUGUACAAAGGUUUGUCUGAUGCAUUGUUUAGAGGAGAUAUAGACCCUUCAAUGCAAGGGUAUCCAAGCUUAUUCAUUACAUUCACAUGUAACCCAAAGUGGUCGGAAAUCCAACGAUAUGUUCAACUAAGAGGUUUGAGAGCUGAGGACAAACCAGAUAUUGUUGCACGAGUUUUCAAGAUGAAGCUUGAUUCAUUAAUUAAUGAAUUCAAGGUUGGGCAAUUAUUUGGUCAGGUAAAAGCAUUGAUCUACACAAUUGAAUUUCAAAAAUGGGGAUUACCUCAUGCUCAUAUACUGCUUUUUCUUAGUUUGAACACAAGUAUUCCAUGUCAAACUACAGUUGACUCAAUAAUCUCCGCCGAAGUCCCGAGCAAAGAAUUAGAUCCUGAGUACCAUCAAGCAGUUGAGGAGUUUAUGUUACAUGGUCCUUGUGGUGUUGCUAGAAAGACAUCUCCAUGUAUGGUAAAUGGACGGUGUUCUAAACAUUUUCCCAAAAAAAUUGUGGAAUACUCAAAUUUUGAUGCAGAUGGUUACCCAAUAUAUAGAAGACAGCAUGGUGGAAAAACAAUUACCAAGAAUGGUAUUCAGUUGGAUAAUAGAUAUGUGGUACCCCAUAACAGAUACUUGCUUUUGAGAUACAAUGCACAUAUGAAUGUGGAGUGGUGCAACCAAUCUAGAUCUAUCAAAUACUUAUUCAAGUAUGUGAACAAGGGAAAUGAUCGCGUAACUGCUGAAUUUUAUAAAACAACAUCAAAUGCAGAUGGAGUGCAAGUAGUGGAUGAGAUCAACAUGUACUAUGAUUGUAGAUACGUUUCUGCAUCUGAUGCUACUUGGCAUCUACUAAGUUUUGAGAUUCAAUGUAGAAACCCGCUAGUUGAGAGGCUUAGUUUCCAUUUACCAGAUAGCCAAACGGUCUUCUUUCAGGAUGAUGAAGAUGUUGAGACAGUUUUGAACAAAGAAACUUUGGGGCAAAGCAUGUUCACACAAUGGUUGAACAAAGAAACUUUGGGGCAAAGCAUGUUCACACAAUGGUUGAACAAAGAAACUUUGGGGCAAAGCAUGUUCACACAAUGGUUUGAGGCAAACAAAACUUUCCAAAGCAUGUUCACACAAUGGUUUGAGGCAAACAAAACUUUCCAAGAAAUGUUCACACAAUGGUUUGAGGCAAACAAAACUUUCCAAGAAGCUAAAUUGCUAACCUUUGAGGCAAACAAAACUUUCCAAGAAGCUAAAUUGCUAACCUAUAUUGAGAUGCCCAAUAAAUUUGUGUGGAAGAAAAAUAUUCGUCAAUGGCAUCCCCGUAAAAGAGGUUUUUCUAUUGGCCGUAUCUUUUAUGUUCCACCGGGUACUAGGGAAUUAUAUUAUCUACGAUGUUUGUUGAACAUAGUGAGGGGCCCAACAAGCUUUUCUGACAUAAGGUCAUAUAAUGGAGUACAGUACAAUACUUUUAAGGAGGCAUGUUAUGCCCAGGGGUUAUUACAAGAUGAUACUGAAUAUGUUGAUGCAAUUAUGGAAGCUAACUAUUUUGCAACUCCCAACUCACUAAGAAAGUUGUUUGUUACUCUAUUAUUGUCAAAUACAAUGGCACGUCCAGAAAUUGUAUGGGAGAAGGUGUGGACACAUCUGGCUGAUGAUGCUCAACAUACGCGUAGGAGAUUAUUACACUUGCAAGAUAUAUUUCUAACUGAUGAAGAGAAAACGAAUUUUGCGCUAUGGGAAUUGUCAAAGCUUUUAUUAGUCUAUAACAAGACUUUGAGAGAUUUUCCAAACAUACCGGUAAUUAAUGAAGCAAGCCAUGUUCAUGUGGAAAACUGGUUGUUGUGGGAAGAGUUAGCAUAUGACCGUGCUAGGGAAUAUGAAGAGAGUCAACGGCUUAAGGAGAGACUAACAGAACAACAAAAAGAAAUAUAUGAUACCAUUAUCAAUGAUUUUGAUUCCAACAAUGGUGGACUGUUUUUUGUUUAUGGGUAUGGUGGUACAGGAAAGACAUUUCUGUUGCGUGUGCUCUCUUCUUCUAUUAGAGCAAAAGGCAAAAUUGUUAUCAAUGUGGCAUCAAGUGGGAUAGCAUCUUUACUUCUUCUGGGUGGCAGGACUGCACAUUCAAGGUUUUCAAUACCAAUCUCUGUCAAUGAAGAUUCUACAUGCAAUAUAAAUCAAGGUCAAGGCAGCCAAUUAGCCGAACUCAUUGUUCAUGCAAAACUAAUAAUUUGGGAUGAAGCACCGAUGAUGCACAAACAUUGUUUUGAGGCGUUGGAUAAAACAAUGAGAGGUUUGUUAAGAUUUGUUAACAAUGACAGUGAAAACAAGACUUUUUGCGGGAAGACAGUGGUUUUAGGUGGGGACUUUAGGCAAAUAUUACUAGUGGUGCCAAAAGGUUCAAGACAGGACAUUGUUUCUGCAACAAUUAAUUCUUCAUAUCUUUGGAGACAUUGUAGAGUUACGCGCCUAACAAAAAAUUUGAGAUUAAGUACAAUGGAACCUGGAUUAAAUCAAGACAAAGUUGAAGAAUUUGCGAAUUGGCUAAUUUCAAUAGGUGAUGGUAAUAUUGGGGUAGAUAUUGAUAGUUACGCUGAUUUUGAUAUCCCCACUCAAUUGUUAUUGAAGUCAAAUGGUUAUCCUAUUUCCUCUAUUGUGAAAAGUACCUUCCCCAACUUUACUGGUGCAAGCAGUGAUGGAAGUUGUUUUAAGAACAGUGCAAUACUAGCACCAACGUUAGAGGUGGUCAAUGAAGUCAACCAGUAUAUGUCUAACUUAACUGAAGGGGAAGGAAAGACAUAUUUGAGUUCCGACACAACGUGUAAAGGCGAUGGUUCCAGUUCAGUUCUUGCUGAUGUGCAUACACCAGAAUUCCUAAAUACCAUAAGAGCAUCUGGCCUUCCAAAUCAUUCUUUGACUUUAAAAGUGGGGUCUCCUGUAAUGUUAAUGAGGAACAUUGAUCAUAGUCUUGGUUUAUGCAAUGGAACUAGGUUGGUGGUAACAAGAUUAGGUAAUCAUGUUGUUGAAGGAAGCAUAUUAGCAGGUCCUAAUGCUGGGACUAAGGUAUUAAUUGCUAGAAUAACUAUCACCCCAUCGGACCCGAGUACCUUUCAAGUUCAACAGAAGACAAUUUCCACUUAUGCUGUCAUAUGCAAUGACUAUUAA